GUUAAAAUUAGAGUUAAUUAGAAUUGCCUUAUCGUAAGUGACCUGUAAUCCUUUUGUGACUGGGAUUUGAUUAAAAUCUCUGUGACUGGAAUUUGAUUAUAAAAUUUGUCGAUUCAAAAUCUGGUCUUAUAGCCGCUCUUCCCUCCGCCGCCGGUGUUUAUCUUUCAACCGCUUUGCUUCUCUUCUCGCCGCCGCUCACCUGAAGGAUUUUAGGAGGGAGUACAAAUUGAAAUAUAUUGAAUCAAGAGUUUAAGAAAAUCAAACUCACAAAACAAAAUGAAGAUUACAAGAAGAGACAUAGUACGGAACGGCCCUGGCAGCGUUAAGUUGACGCCAGUUGAAUCAGAUGAUCUUUGGUUCGCUUAUAAUUUGAUAUCUCCUGGAGAUACCGUUAUGUCAGUUACUGUCAGGAAAGUAUUAAGAGAGGCAGCUUCUGGUGGUAGAGAUGCUGAAAGAGUAAAGUUGAAGUUAGAAAUCAAAGUUGAGGCCAUAGAUUAUGACAAAGUUGGUUCUGUCUUGCGUAUUCGGGGAAAGAAUAUUUUGGAGAAUGAACAUGUGAAAAUUGGAGCUUUUCAUACUUUAGAACUUGAGCUGCAAAGGCCUUUUGUUUUGAGAAAGGUAAUUUGGGACUCUUUGGCAUUGGAUGUACUCAGUCAAGCCUCUGAUCCUGGUGCAAGUUCUGAUCUCGCUGUGGUUUUAAUGCAAGAAGGAUUAGCACACAUCCUCCUUGUUGGUAGGAGCUUGACAUCUACUCGAUCACGGAUAGAAACUUCAAUUCCUCGAAAACAUGGACCUGCUAUUGCUGGCUAUGAGUCGGCGUUGAAGAAAUUCUUUGAGUACGUCUUACAGGCAUUUCUAAAAUAUAUCGAUUUCAAUGUUAUCCGGUGUGCGGUGAUUGCAAGCCCUGGUUUCACAAAGGAUCAGUUCCAUAAACACUUACUGUUGGAGGCAGAGAGGAGACAGCUGAGAACCAUUAUUGAGAACAAGUCACGCAUUGUUCUUGUGCAUACGACAUCAGGAUACAAGCAUAGCUUGAAAGAAGUCCUGGAUGCUCCAAAUAUUAUGAACAUGAUUAAAGACACCAAGGCUGCGCAAGAGGUGCGGGCACUUGAGGAGUUCUUCAACAUGCUUUCAAAUGAUCCAGCCCGAGCAUGCUACGGGCCAAAGCAUGUAGAAGUUGCCCAUGAACGCAUGGCUGUCCAGACUCUUCUCAUUACAGAUGAUCUCUUCAGAAAUGCUGACAUACCAACAAGGAAGAAAUAUGUCAAUUUGGUAGACUCGGUGAAGGGGUCAGGAGGCACUGCUCAUAUAUUUUCCUCCAUGCACGUCUCCGGAGAGCAAUUGGCACAGUUGACUGGCAUUGCUGCGAUCCUUCGAUUUCCUUUACCGGACCUGGACGACAUUGAGAUGUAAAACGCGAAGCCUUGAUGGACGUUUUGUGGAUGAUGGUGCGCUAAUUUUGUCUGUGAGCUGACAGACAUUUGUAUAAUAUGUUUUAUAGCUGUACCAGAGGCAGCAGUAGAUUAGAUGAUGAUAUUGAAUUUUGUGGGUAGAUUAGUACAACAGUCGGGCAAAUGCCUUCUGUUUUAUUUUACUUUAUUGGUGAUCAUCACCAUAGUCAUAGUGUAAGUGAUUCUUCAAAUAAGCUGGAUCAUUAACAUAUGAAUGUAAUUUUAAUCUAAGACCAGUUAAUUUUUCCGGCCAAUAUAUUGCUUUCUGUAUUCAAUUUUUA